AUGGCGAACACCAAGCUGGCAGGGGGUACCACAGAGGAGGCCCUCGCUAAACUAAGCUUAAGCCAGGGGCUGAGCGACGUAGAUAUGGACAUUACACGCCUAGCAGGGGAGGCCCUUUUACUCAACAGGCCUUUGGCUUCCCUCCUCCUGUCAGAGCGUGUGUGCCCGAUUUGCGUUGUCCAGCACCUGGCCGGUGAGAGGAACAACGUCAAGCUAACGAUGGAGCAGAAGCCAUACGAGGGCGCGGAGGCCUUGAAAUCACUUAUCUUGACAAGCGAGAGUGGGGCGCUUGAGGCUAUGGCCGCGGCGCACAACCAAGAGAUGCAUGCCAUGAACGGCAAUAUCAACUUCUCGGUUACCCACGAUACGUCCAGGGCGGACGUCAUGGCCGCAGCCCUGACGCGAGCUACGCGUGGCGUCCGUCAUCGCCACGCCAACCAGGUCGAGACGGAGCGACGCCUACGUGUCGCGCAGGAAGAGGUCCCUAUGCUGGUAUACACCAGCAAUGUAGCAAACGGGGUCGGACUGGUCAGCGCCCCUCCAACCCGCCAUCAAAUCUUUUGGUUUUAUGGCACUUCGGCACAGCCCGCGCCGGCUGGAGCUACGCCCACUCACGCGUCGGGGUGUGGGGAGCCCAGUGAUGGAUUACCCACACGUAGUGUCCUGGAAACCACCGGCACUGUGCUGCCUCCGCCCCCCUCAGCCAGUAGCAUAUGGGUCACCCGCAUGUCUCGGGCAUGGCGGGAGUGGGGGCUUCCACUGAAAGGGGACGUUCCGCGGAUGGCGCGCGUGGUGCCGGAGUUGGAUGACGAGUGGGAGGUGGCGGCCAUAUCAACACGUCACCUAGACGAGGUAAUGCACCGACAGACACGUGCAGUGGUAUUGGCAAAUGGACAAACGUGGUGUAUUGACGAUCCAAGCGUCGCCGUCGUUGUGAUAGACUAUGCCUCGGGCAACCCACAGCUUAUGUGGGCAUUGCAGUUAGUGUUGGCGGCCCCGUACCCUUUGGUGGAAGUCGAUGAACUGUUUGUCGUAACCGGACCAGAGGGGGCGGAGGCGAGUAGGUUGACAGCUAUGCGGCGCAACGAAUGUUGCGUCACGAUAGACAACAGACGGCGCAAAUUUCUGAUAGUGACUGCGACAGGAGAGUCCGUCAUGCAGAUAGCGGGAGUGGAAGUACAUGUAGCAGGAUUGGACAGAAACAGGGAGCCAGAACAGAUAUUCUCCCAGCCAAUAGGCGAGAUGUUGACGGCUUGCCUUGAUAGAAUUUUACGAUCACCAACACCCCUUAAAGUCACGAUGGAACAGUGCCUUUCCAUAAGAAUGACGGCGCCCAACGUUGACUGGGCGCUAAUUGACGAGAUAGUCGCGUGGUUGACGAUGCGGUUCGUCCCUCAGCCAGAGGUGUUCCGGGACGAGGCCGGUGGCUCGGAGACACAUUGGCUUCCCAGGGCAUACUGUGGCGUCGCCUACGCUACACACGCGCUGCCAGAAUGUGUAGCACCAGAAGACGAAAGCGCGUUUUACUACCAUGACCAUGCAACCACGUUCACCGACAACGUGUUCGUCAGCAGGGCCCUAGCCAAUACAGCCCCCGCACUACGCGUUGGGGCUUGGACUAAUGAGGCAGAACUCGUUACUGGGCUUGGCAUCGCAACGUAUGUGCAUAGCGAGCGCGGUACCGCUUCCAGUGAGAAGGGGACCGCUAUGGCGCUCGACGAAGUAGAGCGCGCGAUGCUCAAGCGCCGCCUUUAUGAGGAAUGGAAGAGGGGAGUGGGGAUAAGCGACAGGGCUGUCAGCCCCGAGCUCAUGGGGAACGACCGCGCAUUCUGGGACACCAUAGUAUAUGGUGCCGGGGAGGAGUCAGACGCCGUAUCCGCCAUAGGGGAGGCGUCCACGUCAGUGGGCACCUCCACGGCCCAUUUGCACUCGCGCCUUACCAUCGGUUCCCUGCGCGCACGACCUGGAAAGGGUGGGCAGAGCGGACCUGAUGCUACAGACCCGUCAGGUUUUCAGGGCGUGGCGCCCACAUCAUCGCCCGAUGUCCCCACUGCGCCUGGGGGCGUCGUAAAUGUCGGCGCCGCCCUAACCCCGCCCACCACGAAGCCGGGGGCUUCAGUGGAGAUGGCGGAGCGCAAUGCCGACCACGUAGCGGCGCAGGACGCUUAG